AUGGCAUCCGAGCAACCCGGACCAAGCGCAGCAGCUGCUGUCCCUCCAAGCGAUACCACGGCCACUCUCUCACAACAGGGUGAACCUGGCAGUAGCAGCAACAACAGCAAUAGCAAUAGCACUCAGGCAGCGGCUGCCCCUCCUCAGCGCAGCCCAUCGCAUAAGCAGGCUGCUCCACGCGAGGAGCCCAGACGGAGGCGUCGCAAGCCUCGUUCUGGACAAGUGGAUCGAGGCGUUCCCGAAGCAGAGCGAAUAGGUCUCGAUGCUUCUCAAGGUGGUUCGAGAGCAGCCAAGAAUCGUCGUGACUCCUCCUCUUCCUCUUCCAGCAGGGAUGGUCCUACUCGACCAGGAGUAUCAUCAGACGAGUCCUCUUUCCCCUCUUUUCGAGGUGAUCUACCCUGGAGUCGACGUGGAUGGCUGUAUGAGCUUAAGCCCUUUAGAGGAAUGUACUACGAUGUAAAGAGAAGGGCUCCUUACUAUCUCAGCGAUUGGACGGCCACUUUUGAGCCGAGAAACUGGUGGACAGUGGCUCAGGCUGUUGUGAGGAUCUACUUUAUCAAUCUGAUGCCGGCCAUUGCCUAUGUGCUAGACAUGUACCAUCGCACAAAUGGAGCCUACGGCGUGAAUGAGGUCAUCUUGGCUUCUGCAAUGGUGGCCAUCAUCUUCCCCCUCUUCUCUGUGCAGCCGCUGACCUUUGUCGGUGUAACGGGUCUGAUCAAUCUGGUCAACUACACUCAAUACGACAUCGUCGUUGACUACUACGGACUCGACCAAAUGGACUACCUGCGCGUCCAGGCAUGGUCGCUGAUCUGGGCCGCUGGUUUCCACUUCCUGGCCGCCAUCUUCAAUCUUAGCGAUUUCACCCGCUUCAUCACGGACAUGACUUCUUCCACCUUUGGCUUUUACGUCGGAGCUGUGUACAUCGAAAAGGGCAUCGAGCUACUAAUUCUCGAAUUCGAGCCUGCACCGCUGGACAACGCGACCGGCUGGCUCUCAGUCGCUAUCGCGAUGCUCUUCGUGGUGUCCGUCUACUUCGUAUCUGCAGUCGGCAAGACUUCUUACCUGCCCUUUCAGCUGCGCUCGUCGGUGGCUGCAUUUGCAUUUGCCGCCGGCUGUAUCUUCUGGACCGGCUUUUCCCACUUCCCGGACAAUUCGCUCCGACGUGUUCCGAUCGAGCGGCUGCCUAUCACCCGCGCCUUCUUCCCGACCAUGGACCGCUCUUGGUUCAUCGACUUCUGGAACAUCGAGGCUCGAUGGGCCUUUGUCGGCGCACCGCUCGGAUUUCUCAUUACCCUGCUGUUCUGGUUUGACCACAACGUAUCCAGCGUCAUGGCCCAGGCACGCCAGUUCCCCGUGAGGCGACCGGCCGGCUUCCACUGGGACUUCUUCCUGCUCGGUAUUACCACACUUGUCUCUGGUCUUCUUGGUCUUCCGGCUCCGAACGGACUUGUGCCUCAGUGCCCUUGGCACACGGAGGCCCUCUCUGUCUUCAAGCAGGUAAAGGAGCCCUCGGAGGACGAGGAGAAACCCGCUGCCCGUAACAGUGGCUAUGCUGGAAAAGUGCGCAAGCAGCCCUCACUCCCUGCCCGGGAGCACGUCGUCAACACCCGUGUCGUCGAGCAGCGAGGCUCGCACCUUCUGAUUGGUGCCCUCACCCUCGCCACCAUGACACGACCAUUCCUCGUUGCUCUUGGCACCAUGCCUCGAGCCGUCUUUGCUGGCAUCUUCGUCCUCGUCGGCUGGGGCUCAAUCGAAGGCAACAUCAUCACCUCUCGUACCCUUGCCAUCUUCCGCGACAGGGCAGUGGCCCCUGCUGACGAUCCUCUCAACCAACUUCGCCGAUCUAAGAUCGCUCUCUUCGUCGGCAUUCAAUGGUUCUUCUUUGCCAUUACCUUUGCCAUUUCCCAGACGAUUGCCGGCAUUGGCUUCCCCGUCCUGAUCACCUUGCUCAUCCCCUUCCGCUACUGGAUUGUGCCCAAGUGGUUCAGCCCGCUGGAGCUGCGGGUGCUGGACGCUCCAACCGCCGAUGCUGCCGGUGUACUGGCUUCGAUUGGUCACGAAUCGGAGCGAUGCACUGGUAUCGGAUGCAAGAUCGCUGCCGAUACCAAGAUUGCUGGCACAGAGUACGACCUGGACGAAAACAUGGCACAGAACAGCAGUGACGAGAGCGACGACGAU